GAUUCUGGAUUUCUAGAAGCAUCGUAGUAAUCCCAUCUUUACUACGGGAAAACACUAAACACACUACCCGGGCAGGGAGGAAGGCGAUUUAUACUCCGCCAAGAUAUCGAUCAACAAAAUGGUGUCAAUCUGGGGAUCAAGUGGUCGUAACGAUCAACGGACAACAGAGGAUGGACAUACACACCCUGAUUAUCAGCAUCAAGAGCCCGAUGAGCGGACACGGUUGAUCUCUCGUAGUGCCCCAAACGAGGGGUAUCUGAGUCCUGAUGAUCCAGCUGUAUCUCCAUACAACCUCUGGAGUGUCCGCGCUCUCCGCUUCUUCACCUGCCUCUUUCUCGCCAUCAGCUUCGUAUGGUGGGUUUUCCUGCUCGUAUCCAUCUUCGUCAGUCCACCGUUAAUGUACAACCGGGGCUCCGGAUUUACGGAUUUUUCAUACACAACCCUCACAGUCGGAAACUUGAUUGUGAGCCUGUUGUUCUUCACGAUUCCGUCAAAACCGAUGAUUAUGUGGAAUUCUGUGCUAGCGCUCUUCUUGCUGGUCGGUAUGAUUAUCAUCGUUGCUGUACCGAGAAUCAGGCUUGAGGAAGGCUGGGUAGGGAUUGCGUCUAUUGUGUGGGCCAUUUUGAUCUCGAUCUAUAAUAUUGCGCAGGUAUAUUUCGUUGAGAAAGGAAAAGAGGAGGAAGAAGAAAGACUGACAGGCCGCGUGGAGACAAGACGCUCGCUGUUCGAAUGGGUUUCGGUGCUUGUCGAAACAAUUGUGCUGGGUGUUAUUGCUCUGGUGACUAUUUUGCUUACUGCAACGCUCAUACUACGUGCCAGAGAUUCCAGUCUGGAGGUCCCUGGGAAACGGUAUCUCGUCAACAAUGAGAAAUACGAAGUUCAUCUUGCGUGCGUGGGAAGUAUCACCACCGGGGACAACAAAACGCCUACGAUUCUGCUUGAAGCCGGCGAGACCCCUGCAGAACAUGCACUUCAACCUUUCAUCCACAAUACCUAUCGUAACGGCACGAUAGAUCGAUACUGCUACUGGGAUCGUCCUGGGUUUGGAUGGUCCGACAACGCCCCUUCACCUCAUUCAGCCGGUAUGGCUGCCGACGCUUUGUCGGAAGCACUCGCACUAGCUGGCGAGGAAGGCCCUUGGAUACUCGUCUCAGCUGGCGUGGGCAGCAUAUACAGUCGCAUCUUCGCCAGUCGUCACAUCCAUGACAUUAAAGGUCUAUUCAUGAUCGACCCAACGCACGAAGACCAAUUACAACAAAUCGGAAAGGCAGGACGAGGAUUCGUCCUCUGGGGUCGCGGCAUAAUAUCACCCUUGGGUCUGGACAGAUUGGCAGGCGCAAUCUUCAAGGGUCGCACCCGCGAAGAUCGAGUAUACGGCAAAGUCUCCUACCAGAACGGGAAAUACAUAAAAGCCAAACUACAGGAAAACCUCGUUGCGGAAAGUAUGACCUCUAGCGAGGUUGCCAGCGCAAAAAAUAUUCAAACACCAGAAACGCCGUUGGUGGUUGUUAGUUCUGGGGUAGAAGUACGCAAAAACGAGAAAUGGGCGAAACAGCAGGAAGAGAUGACCAAAGUUACGGAUAAUUUAGUAAGUUGGGAUGUUGUCAAGGGUGCAGGGCAUGAGGUUUGGAGGAGUUGGGAAGGGAAAAAGGUUUUGGAGAGGAGGUUGGGGGAGCUUGUUAAGCAGGCUUGAUCGUUCUUUUCUACCAUUUUUCUCUUUUAUUCUUUUAAUGCUUCAUAUUGAUGAGACUUUCCCAUUCUAUCUUGACAUUUGCAUGCUUGAGAAAUGAGACUGUUGACGAUGUUAUGAGAUAUAUAUACGACUCUGGUCUUAUGUCAGUUAUCAUACUGUACAAAAGGUUAAUGAGAUGCUAAUCAUUGCAUAUGG